CCGCUUAACACGAUUGAUUUUUCCCCUGGAACAGGAAUAAUGACUAUAAAGGGAAACCCUAGAAAGCUCUCACACACUGCUGCGGAGCAGCUUUACGUAACAUUCAGGUCUGUGACACGCCAGAUGACCAGUACUACAAUGGAUUUCAUCUCUGAUGUUAAAUUUUCUCCAAGGUCUGUCGAAGACACUUCAAGGUCCUGCUGUCCUAAAAGCUGGUCAUUUUGUGAACGGAGAGACCACGAGUCGCCGCCCCUGAAAGAAGAUGGCGACGAUGACAAAGAGCAGCCACAAGGGGGCAGUAUGGCAGAAAUCUCCUUCAACUUCAUCAACUCAAUUAUUGGGUCAGGAUUAAUAGGAAUGCCGUUCGCAAUCCGUCAAGCUGGAUUAGGCGUGGGAAUUUUGCUUUUCCUUGUUGUGGGAUUAGCUGCUGAUUACUCUGUUUUACUCUUAAUUAGGGCUGGUAAUUUGUCACGGACUCUUUCGUAUCAGGAGAUGAUGUUCAAGGUAUUCGGACGGGCGGGUUUUGUAUUGGCCACACUGUUACAGUUUCUGUUACCGUUUUUAACAAUGGUUAGUUACAACGUUGUUAUAGGAGACACAAUAACAAAAGUUUUAACGAGAUUUGCCGGUGUGACUGUUCAUCGUGACAUCAUCAUUUUGGCCGUGACGGCUCUCGUCACGUUACCACUGUCACUCUACAGGAAUAUCGACAAACUCGGCAAGUGGUCUGGACUAUCCAUUUUGCUGACUUUUUUCAAUAUUGUCGUGGUCUAUACAAGACUUGCCACCUCCCCUUCAGUGCCUACAACCGCAGAUGCUUACCAGCUUUACAAUAACAACAUUCCACAGGGACUUGGAUUAGUGGGUAUAGCGAUUGUUUGUCACCACAACAGUUUCGUGCUGUACUCCUCCCUAUCGCGGCCCACCUCCCGGCGAUGGCGAACCGUUACCCACGUCAGCGUCUUUACUGCCACUGCCAUUCUCCUGACGUUCGCCUUAGGGGGCUAUCUCACAUUUACCGGAAAUACUCAAGGUGACAUUUUGGAGAACUUCUGUCUGGAUGAUGACCUUGCCAAUGUUGCCCGCUUAGCCUUUGCUGUGAUCGUAAUGAUGACAUACCCACUUGAUUGUUUUGUGGCAAGGGAGGUGGUCGAGAAUGUCAUCAGCACAGAGGACAAAGGUCCUUUCUGGCGGCACGCGCUACUUACUGUCACCAUUGCCGCCGCCAUCACGGGUGUCUCCAUGAUAACCGACUGCGUAGGAAUUGUCAUGGAGCUCAACGGAGUCCUGGUGGCGUCACCUUUAGCGUUUAUCAUCCCCGCUGUAUGUGUUAUUCAGCUGCGCACAGAUCCGAUUCUCAGCAAAGCGAAUAUUGGACCCUUGAUGGUGCUAUUCUUCGGUCUCCUGUUAACAAUGAUUGGACUUUCUACGGUUGUCAUGGAAAUUUAUCAUGGUGUUUCUUGUAACCAUGGUGAAGAAAUGGCCUACUGUAAAGCUUCCAAUAACAUCCAUUCUGUGACUCAACAUAUAACAAAGCGAGGUGUCAGCUAGCGGAAACGACAUGAUAAUGUUUAGCUGUUGAAAUUAAGUGUCUGUAAUUUGGUGUGUGGUAACGAAAUAUCUGACACAGUCUGUUGAUUAUGAUGUAAUUGCAUUUCGUGUUGAAAUCGGUUUUUGCAAACGGCAGAUUGCAUGUGAAAUGUAGGCUGGGCAUAAACAGGUUUCUGCGCGCCGUCGAGAAAGGAGAAGUUAUAAAGGAGUGACAGUUACGCUACUCCUACUGAUCCACAAAACGCCAAAAGGUGUUAUACUCCAUUCGAGGGUGAUGUUGCCAGAAUGUAGUACCCAGAAGCAAAUAAAGUUAAAUCAGAGGUUUCAUUUACUUUAUACCAGAAAAUUCUAAAACACCAGACAUCUUGUUUUCUUUGCUUAUCUGCAAAUAGUCUGACAAGGCAAGAAUUAGCGGCAGAUCUGAAUGACCAGCUGUACAAUUACCCCAGUAAUAUGCCCUUUUCCUGAGGCAUUGCCCAGUUCUCUCUUCUAGCAUUCAGCUAUCAUAGGGUAACGCAUUGCCCCAAUAACGAGUUGCUUCUAGUUUCGUAUCUGGUAUACAUUCUCUGCGGCACUGCUACAGCAAUGAGUAACUUUCCGUAUCACAGCGUCGGUGAAGGUACGUUUACCACAGGUAUGGUAUGCUGAAUUAUUGAGGUUCCUCCUGUAGCACAACCCCUGUAAAGAUACAUGCACAUGCAUUUCUGCGGUAUUCCUAAAGAGAUAAGCCAUCUCCGCAGCACUGACUUAGUGAAGGUACAUUGUUCUGUGCUUACAGGUAUUGCA